UGUCACAGCCCCUCUUUGUGGCUGGGUGUGCACGAGCGUCUGUGUGCUUGCCAGUGAGAGAGGGAGAGGGCGAGCGAGCGAGAUAGAAAGAGACAGAGACAGGAGGGGAGAGAGAGAGAGAGGCACACACGCAUUGUCGGAGCGCAGAGCGAACAGGGCAGCGGGAGAGAGUGAUAGAGAGAAUGCCCAGCGGAAGAGAGGAGCUCCCUUGCUUGCUGACGGGCCGUCUCUGAGACACCAUGGGCUGCAUCGGCUCCAGGACCAUCACGGCGGAGGCGGUUCCAGUACGGAAGGAUGGGGAGCAGCAGGGUGGUGCUGAGGUGUCAUGGGAAGGAAUCAAUCCCUCAACGGAGGACACCACCUCCAUCCUGCCUCGCAUCAAGCAGAAGGCCAACCCCUAUGGGAUCGGUGCUCUGGCUAAGUCCUCUUUGACAGGUGUGUCAGGUGUGUCCCGCACCAUGAAGGACAAAGUCACCAAGCCCACAGCAAUGGCUCAGGGGCGUGUGGCUCACAUGAUCGAGUGGCAGAGUUGGGGAAAACCAUCUGCUGGGCCGGAGGGGGGUGUGGGUCGGAACAACCUCCACCGCGAGAGGGAGAGGCGGAUAGAGAAUGAUAUUUACAGUGACCUCAGUGAUGGGGAGAAGGAGGCACGUUUUGCAGCCGGAGUGAUGCAGCAGUUUGCCAUCUCAGAGGCCACAUUGAUAGGCUGGACCUCCAUGGAGGAAGACGGUUUGUGUGCAGGCUCCAACCAGGGCAGUGUAGCCCACCUGAGCGAGGUCAACCAGGAGAGCAUCACCAGUCGAGACCAGGCAAUGCAUCACUCCACCGCUGAAGUGUGGCCUCACACCUACGUCUCACAGGGCCUCUACUGCCUCUCUUCGUCUGAGGCCUGGGAGCCAAUCAGCAACGAGCCCUCGGCCGUGGCCUCCCCUGCCGCUGGCUCCUACGUCCUAGCGAGCGGGACCUCUGGCGAGGGCUUCGAGGGGAACAACACCCACUUCCUUUCCCAGCAGCCACAUCUCACUUUGCAGCAGCAGAGCCACCUUCAGCAGCUGCAUCAGAUUCACCAGUACCAGCAGCAGCAGUUUCUGCAAUACCAGCAGCAACAGGCCCUGGAGCACCGCUUCCACAGCAACCCUCACUCCCUGCAAGCCACGCCCAACAGCACCAUCCACAGCAUGGGCCCGCUCACUCACCCUCGACUGGCGGACCUGUGGGCGUCAGCUCUGGUGGAGCCCCAACAGGUGGAUAUCGCCGGGCAGAUGACUCUGAUGGAUGGGGGCAUGGCUGAGAUGAUGGGGGAUGGGUUUGACGCAGAAAGCAAAAUCAUUGCAGAGCAGCAGGAGGAGGAGGCUAAGGAGGAUGAGGUCACGUUAACCUUGGAACCCGAGUCUGGCACGCCGCCCCCAACUACGACGCAGCCGUCGCCGUGGGAGACCUGCAGCCCCUCGGUGGAUGGCCCCAGCCCUGGCCCCCCGCCCUUCGCCGCCGUCGAGCCGGCUGCGGAGCAUGCGCCCUUCGAGGUCACGUUCUGCGUCGUCCAGUCCCUGGAGGAGAAGGACGAGGAGGCGGUGAAGGAGAAAGGCUCUGUGGUUGUCGUGGCAACCAACUGACGUGUGGCAGCCCAAGAGGCUUUUUGCCAGCCAAUAAAGAAAAAUGGACCACCAAGCUAAACAAACACCUUAAUAAUCAACCAGUUACGCUAAUCCCCCGUCCUCUACCCCUAACCCUCCCCCACUCACUAUUUACCCUAUUGGAGGAACUGAACAUGUGGUUCUGGGGCUCUAGAUGUGAAAAAUUAUGGACUAAGGAAGAGAGGAAGAGAUAGCAAGGACACACGCAAAGAGGAAAGCAGAUGAGAAGAGGAGUGCAAUAUAGAGAGCCAAGACAACCAAAAGAAAGUGCAUGCUUUUGAACUAUUUAAAAAGGUUGAAAUCUAACAGUAUACACAGUAAUAAUAUUGAUUUUUUUAAUAAAAUAAAAAGCCAAUGAAACAA